CAUUGCAGCUCAAAUCUAACGACCGAUAUCGUGCAGAAGGAAAAAGUUCGUCUCACUUCUCAGUAUCUAAAAAGCAUUCUUACUGUAAUGUUCAGUAUUCUAAAUUUUCAAAAAUGAAAAUAAUUGUUUUUGUAACUGUAUGCGCAAUUGCGCUAAAUUUAUUGUUUGACGAUGUAAAUUCUGAAUUGCGAAGUUCACUCAAUGAUUUGACGGAAAAUCCGUUACAUACUCAUAACGGAACAAGAAACGCUCACCGCGGCAACACCUUCAUGAAUACGAUUUACGAUGCAUAUCCAAGAGCUCCACUUGCCCCCAAAAGUCCCCAAGUAAAUCACACCAUAGAGUUUAACUUGAUGAAUGAUACCGAUCGAACUAUCGUCAAUGUUAAUUGCUAUAGCUCUCCGAAACAUCCACAUGCUCUAAACAGUGAGUGUGUAAAGGAUAUCUAUGGCGAUGAGAACAUUGCAAAGAAAAUCUAUGGCGAUGAGAGCCCAGUGACUGUCAAUGCCGACGCCAACGACAAACAUCCAAGACGUCCACACGGCCCAGGCGGUCCCGUAGCAAAUCCUACCGAUCGAGUCUUUGCAAAUGUUAAUUUCAGUUAUACACCAAAACAUCCACACGUCCUGAACAGUCCUCGUGUGGAAGAAUAUUUCCCCUACCAUAAUUUCUCACGAAAGCUGAUCGAGCAGCAAGAAGAUGUGAUGGCAAGCAUUGCAAAAGUAUGGUUGAAAUGCAACGAAUCACUCCACGUGCCGUUGUACAUCGCAAUGGACUUUUUCUCAAAUCCUCCGGAUCAUCACGAACGUGAUAAAAACAACAACAACGAUAGACGUCUGAUAGAUUGUACUCUGCGUGGGAUGGGCGUUAUCACAGAUGAAGGCUUUCAAGAGGAAACCUAUCUGAUUCAGAUCAGAAAACUUCUGUUCAACUACACAUCAUUCGACGUAAACGAAAGACCGAAAGAGACAAAAGAGACUAUAUGGAUAGCGGGUGGUAACAACGUAGUGGACCGAUUUCAUGAAAACGAAAGCUGUUUCCCGAUUGGUAACCGGCUAAAGCAAGCGUUAAAAUCAGUGUCUCAACCUGGUGUACCUGAUGCUCAAAAUACGGUUCCGGCAGAACUCUUACCGGACCUUUGUCACGAGCUCUUACAGUCCUACGAACAGGCGGUUCGCGAUUGCAAAAACCGAAAAGAUCCUAAAGGCAAGAGCUUUGAAACAACUUGGUUGAUCGUCCAAUGUGUAGCGAAAGGAAACAUGGACCGAAUGUUCGACGCUGCAUUUUACCCCGGCGUUUACGCAUCAGUGCGGUAUGCUGCGGGUUGGGACUUUGCCUGAAGCUGUUGCGUGAAUAAGAUACGCUGUUGCGUUAACAUUCAAUUAACAUAAAA